AGUUACUGACUGAUCAGGUCGGGAUUGUGUUUGCGUGCGGGCCGUCCCUCCCGUCCUCCGAGCUGCUGCUGCGGCGGCGGCGGCUGGGAUAACUUUUUGGAAGAAGUUCUUUGUAUUCAGGAAACGGCUCGGCAAAGAACAUGGACUGGGGCACAGAACUUUGGGAUCAAUACGACAUCAUAGAGAAGCACACGCAGUCCGGCCUGGAGCUGGUGGAGAAGUAUGUGAAGUUUGUGAAGGAGAGGACCGAGAUCGAGCAGAGCUAUGCCAAACAGCUGAGGAAUCUUUCAAAGAAGUAUAACCAAAAACGAAGCAGCAAAGACGAGCCAGACUGCAGGCUAUCCAGCUACCAGUCUUUUUUGGACAUCCUGAAUGAGAUGAACGACUAUGCGGGCCAGAGGGAGCUGAUUGCCGAGAACAUGAUCAUGAACAUUUGCAUCGAUCUCACAAAGUACCUGCAGGAGCUCAAGCAGGAGCGAAAGUCGUAUCUAUUGGAGGCCAAGAAGGCCCAGCAGAGCUUGGAGAGCACCUACAAGCAGCUCGACAGUAGUAAAAAGCGCUUUGAGAGGGAAUGGAGAGAAGCAGAGCGUGCUGCACAGAAUGCAGAGAAGACGGAUCAAGACAUCAACGCCACGAAAGCUGAUGUUGAAAAAGCCAAACAGCAGGCUCAUAUGAGAGCACGCGUAGCCGAGGAGUGCAAGAAUGACUACGCCGCUCACCUUCAAAAGUACAACAAAGAGCAGAGCCAGUUCUAUUUUAACGACAUGCCAAUUAUUUUCAAUAAAUUGCAGGGUUUGGAUGAGAGGCGAAUACAGAAGUUAGCACAAGGGUACAUGUUGUUCUCGGACACAGAAAAGCACGUGAUGCCCAUCAUUGGCAAGUGCCUGGAAGGCAUUACUAAAGCUGGCACUAAUGUUAAUGAGAAAAAUGAUACCAUGGUUAUAAUAGAGCAGAAUAAGUCUGGAUUUGAGCGUCCUGGAGACCUGGAGUUUGAGGACUACAGCCAGGGCAUUAAUCGAGCCUCUUCUGACAGCAGCCUGAGUACACCGAAAGGCCCUAUAGACCUUCUGGGGAAGAACAGGAGUAAAAACUUUUGGCUUUUCAAGAGGAGUAAGCUCUCCUCCUCCACACACACUCCUUUCUCCACACCCCCUGCCCCUUCACCCCCUAAUGGAGCCCCCUCCCCCAAGUUUGGCCGGGACCCUCUGUCGUACUGUUUGAAGGAGAUCAAUAAGACAGUCAAACCCAGAAUCUCUUCCUUCCGGACACUCAGGAGAUCGAAAUUUACCCCAGACAAGAUCCUGCCUACAGUGACGGAGGACUUUGGCCAUCUCCCCCCAGAGCAGCGCAGGAAGAGGUUACAACAGAAAUUAGAGGAAAUUUCUAAAGAGCUGCAGAAAGAAGCAGAUCAGAGCGAAGCGCUCGGAAAGAUGAAAGAUGUUUAUGAGAAAAAUCCUCAAAUGGGAGAUCCGGCUAGUCUUGCAACCCAGAUCAGUCAGACAUCUCAGAAUAUAGAGCGGCUCAAAGGAGAACUUAACAAGUAUGAGACUUGGCUGUCUGAAGCAGGUGUUCGGGGCGAAACACUGCGAUAUAGAGCUCACGCAAUUAACAACAAUGGAGCUCAUGAAGUGCUAAGCACUGAUGGUGCUCAUUCUGAUGAAAGCACUCCUGAUUCUUCCCAAGCUAUUUAUGCCGAGUUUGAUGACGACUUUGAGGAUGAAGAGCCAGUAACUCCUAUUGGGAAAUGCACAGCAAUGUAUAAUUUCCCUGGUGCCAGUGAAGGGACCAUUUCGAUGGAGGAAGGGGAGGAGCUGGCUGUAGUGGAAGAAGAUAAAGGGGACGGCUGGACCCGGGUCCGAAGACACAAUGGAGAUGAGGGCUACAUACCUACGUCUUAUGUCGCCAUCACACUAAACAAAUGAGGGAGAAAGAGAAAACCAGGUUCUGAUUGCAAAGCUGUUGUCUCCGCCGGUUGGAACAAUCAUGAAGCCAUGUUAUUAAGGGGCAGGACUAUCCAAAAGUGCUAUUUUUUAACUUUUACAAGAGAGGCACCAUAUACAUGUCGAUCACAUCGCUGUGAUCCCAUUUACCCACUACAUAAACAACAAGGUUAUCUCACUUUUUCCUUUUGUAUAAAUUCACAAUACCAUUUUUGCUCACAUCUUUGGGCAGAUAUUCCUCAUUAACGCUCGUGUUGGUUAGGAGAAAGAUUUAGUUUUUUUUUUUUUUUCUAUUUUGUGUGAAAAACUGACCUGACCUGUUGUAACUUUUUGCCAACCACUCAUGCUCCAGAGUCAAGAUCAGGUAUUACCUCUUUCAUUUCUCAUUUGCUGCAAGAGUGUCGUGUUGAUUCAAAAGUGUGCUCACUCACAAUUUUGGUGCAAGAAUGUUUCACAUUUGGCUUUCAGCAAUUAUUCUCCUGCUUGGGUAAAAAAAACAAAAAAACAUGACUAUACACAAACUGUUAAACGUUCAGACAAUCACAUCCGUAUCUUCAUUUAUUUUUCAGAUACUCCUCAGCAGCAAAGAAAAUGCAGCAGAUGUCAUUUUCUUACAACAGCUGAUAGAAACCCGCUGCUGUUUUUUUAAUAGAUAUUGUAUUAGACAUAAUUUAUUUCAAGUCUGUAUGAAUAAAAAUGUUUAUAUUUGAAAAAAAAAUUACUAUGUAUUUUGGAUGUUCUGAUGUUGCUUUUUUCUCCUUGCACAAAGAGUGGGACACACAGUAGCCACAUAAGGGAGGAAAAGUUGCACAAACCAUGUUUCAUUAAGAAUAUUGUAUUUAUAAUAUAUAUAUUUUAGCUAUCAUAACACCACUAUUGUCUUAUUAGCAUUCAAACUAUUCUAAUAAAAUUUUGUUUUAAAAGAAAAACAGCAAAGUUUGAAGUUUAUAGUGUUUAGUACAUAAAAGUUCACAAGAUGAUUCACAUUUUUUUUCUUUAUUUUUUUUCCCCUGUAGCGAGGAUUACUACCUUUCUGCUAAAUACUUCUGUGUUUUUGGUGCCUUUCUGGUUAAAGCAUUAUGUGUAUAUACCUUUAAGUUACUUUUGUCCCUUUUUAAAUACCUAUUGUAAAGCACAUUUCAACAGUAGAAGCCAUUCUGUUCACUUUAAACUUGAAAAAUAAAUUAGUGAAGCCUGUG